UGCGUUUAUGUUCAGAUCGACUUAGUCUCAUCAAGGACUGUCUUGCUCAGAUGUCAACAAACUAUAAACAGUCUGCUAAGCUGCUGGGACUUGCAAAUUUGCUAAGGGUUGCAGGAGAUGAUCAGAUGGAGAGAAAAGGUCAAGUUUUAAUCCUUUUAGUGGAACAAGCCCUCAGUUUCCAGGACUACAAAGCAGCUAGUAUGCAUUGCCAGGAGCUCAUGGCCACAGGUUAUUCAAAAAGCUGGGAAGUAUGCAGUCAGCUUGGCCAAUCAGAAGGCUACCAUGAUUUGGGUAUGCGUCAGGAACUCAUGGCUUUUGCUCUGACACACUGUCCCCCAAGCGCCAUAGAGCCAUUGUUGGGAGUGAGCAGUUCUUUGCAAACCCAGAUUCUUUAUCAGGCUGUGAAUUACCAGUUCCUUCCUAUAGAAGGAGGUGAGAAUGUAAAUACCUCAGGACAUUCUUUGUUGAUCAGUAAGGAUACAGAGGAUGAAACCAACGUCUUCUCUAGCCAGUCUGCUGAUUUGUUGUACUGGACGACAUCAAAAACCAUGGAGGUGUUGUCCAACACAACUAUGACUACAAAAGCCGUGCUGCAUGCUGUCAGUGAUGGACAGUGGUGGAAGAGAUCAUUAACUUAUUUUCGACCAUUACACGGCCAAGAAUUUGGAGAUGUAUUAAAAAGUGGGCCUGGAGAAAAUGCCACUGUGGAAAAACAAGGCUGUCAUCCGUUUUAUGAGUCUCUAAUUGCUGAUCCAUAUGUUGCAGAAUCUGAAAUCAGUUAUGGCACAUACCAGAACAAUUCUUUGGAAAGCUUUGCAGAAGUAUUGCUGAGAACAGAGAAACUGACAGAAACAAAGAGCGAAGGAAAAGACCUGCUUCCAACUACAGAAGUUCUGCUACAACUGGCAAGUGAUGCUUUACCAAAUGAUAUGGCCUUGUCUCUUGCCUAUCUCCUUGCACUGCCGCAGGUGGUAGAUGCCAACAAAUGCUUUGAAAAGCAAUUACAUUCUGCGUUAUCUCUCCAGCUGGCAAGUUAUUACUAUAGCCUGCAGAUCUAUGCUCGUUUGGCACCAUGCUUCAAGGACAAAUGUCACCCUCUCUACAGGACUGAUCCAAAAGAGUUGAUUGAGAUGGUCACAAAGUAUGUUACUCAGUAUGGCUAUACAGACUGGCCUGAAGAAAUUGCAACUUUGAUAAAUCAGCUGCAUUACUACAAUGAACGACUACUGGAUUUCACUCAAGCUCAGAUUCUGCAAGGACUUGGCAAAGGAGUGGAUGUGCAGAGGUUUACAGCAGAUGGACAGUACAAGAGAGAAACAAUACUAGGAUUGACAGAAACACUUGAAGAAAAUGUCUACAAGAUUGCUGUUUCUUUGGCUCAGCGAUACAGUGUUCCACUUUGGGAAGUUUAUAUGACCCAUCUGGAAUUUUUAUUCACUGACAGUGGGUUAUCGACACUGGAAAUAGAAGAAAGAGCACAAAGUCUUGGUCUGUUUGAGACUUUAAAAACCAGUCCGGAAACCUUAUGUGAACACAUGGUUAAAUAUGUUUACCCAAGUAUUGAAGGCAGAGAUCACCAGCGGUUGCUCUAUUAUUUUACACUCCUUGAAAAUUGUGGUUGCUCAGAAGUGGUGAAGUAUGCCAUUAAACCUGAAACUCACAUCCGACUCCUGAAAAAAUUCAAAGCAGUUGCACCAGGUCUUAAUUACAAAAAGCUAACAGAUGAAAACGAAAACCCUCUGGAAGCACUGGAGCCUGUCCUUACAAGUCAAAAUAUCUUAUCUAUUUCCAAACUGGCUCCCAAAAUUCCUAAAAAAGAUGGCAGCAUGCUGUCACCAAGUUCUGUUUAUGCUGUUUGGUUACAAAAACUUUUUUGGAAUGGCGAUUACCAUCUCAUUAAAAAAAUACCAGAAACCAUGGAUGAGUGGCUACAUGCCUAUGAUAUGUGUUCAAAGUACUUCGAUAGACUUGAUCCAGAUGAUAUUGUCACUUUUAAUGAUGAAAUUACCUUUUCUUCAAAAGCUGUCACAAAGCUGCCAGUUGAAACCAGGAUAGAAGUGACUAAGAAGACUAUGAAGGCAGUCAAACAUCUGUCUGAGAAAGCAAGAAAAAAAACUUCUGAGAAUGACACGGAAGAUGCUGAAAAUCCAUCUGUUGCUUAUGAAGAAACUCUGAAUCACUUGCAGCAAUCUCUGGCUCAUCUGGAAACACUCACUCAUAGUUUUAUCACUUACUUGAAAAACAGCGAACAGGAUACACUACGGAAGUAUGGUUAUUUAUAUGAUUUGUCAAGGUCAGAGAAAGAAAAAAUCCAUGACCAAGCAGUAGCUAUGUGUAUAGAUGGUCAAUCCCUGGACAUGAUACAACAGUUGUUACAAGUGGCUGUUGGAGAUCUAGGUCUUUCUCCCAAGGAUAUUGUCCAAUGUGCUAUUAAAAAAAUUGUAUGUAUAUUAAGUGGAAAUGGUAGCUCAUCUACAUCAGUGAAAGAUGCACUUGGAAUCCUAGAAGGCAUUGUUUCUGCAGUGCAUGCAAGUGUUGAGAAAGGAGAGAAAGUAGUUUCUUCAGAUGACCUUCUGGAGUGGUUGAGACCUUUCUGUGGUGAUGACUCUUUAGCAGUGAAACCUCGCAUCAGGGUAUUGCAAAUUCUGGAGCAAGCCUUCCAUCUCAGUGAGGAGGAUAGCAAGCUACUUGUGUACUUCAGGACAGAAGCUGUUCUCAGAGCGUGCUGGCCAGAAACAAAG